ACUCACGCAUUCUUUUAUUGAGUCGUUUGUCUGCGAACUUCACUCAAAAUUCGCUCUGUCUCUCCUUUUAAUCUUCGUCUGCAAAAAAGAAUAUUCAAAUCUCCCGUUCCAUCGACCCCGCUUCUCUUUCACAGUUGUCGCAAUGGCAUCAGAGCAACAGAUCAAUGGCGCCGCCAAUGGUGUGGCCGACUUUACUGUGAAGGCUGGGCUGGCACAAAUGUUGAAGGGCGGUGUGAUCAUGGACGUUGUCAAUGCCGAGCAGGCCCGUAUUGCUGAAGAGGCAGGCGCUGCCGCCGUCAUGGCCCUUGAACGAGUUCCUGCUGACAUUCGAGUUCAAGGCGGCGUUGCCCGUAUGUCUGAUCCAACUAUGAUCAAGGAUAUUAUGGCUUCUGUCACAAUUCCUGUGAUGGCCAAGGCCCGUAUUGGACACUUUGUUGAGUGCCAGAUCCUCGAGUCAAUCGGUGUCGACUAUAUCGACGAGUCUGAAGUCCUGACUCCCGCCGACGAUAAAUACCAUGUGAAGAAGCACAAUUUCAAGGUCCCUUUUGUCUGCGGCUGCCGCGACCUAGGUGAAGCUCUACGCCGCAUCUCCGAAGGCGCAGCUAUGAUCCGUACAAAGGGCGAGGCCGGAACCGGUGACGUUGUCGAGGCAGUCAAGCACAUGCGCACAGUCAAUGACCAGAUCUCACGAGCUCGCGGGAUUCUGCUCGGAUCAUCCGACCCGGAGAUCGAGCUUCGCGCUUAUGCUCGUGAGCUUGAGGUUCCAUACGAACUGCUCCGCGAAACUGCCGAGAAGGGUCGUCUGCCAGUCGUCAAUUUUGCUGCUGGUGGCGUCGCUACGCCAGCUGAUGCUGCUCUGAUGAUGCAGCUUGGCUGUGAUGGCGUCUUUGUCGGAUCUGGUAUUUUCAAGUCGGGAGAUGCGCAGAAGCGUGCCAAGGCCAUUGUGCAAGCUGUCACGCACUACAAGGACGCCAAGGUCCUUGCUGAAGUCAGCCAGGGUCUUGGUGAAGCCAUGGUUGGCAUCAACGUAUCGCAGAUGGAUGACCGGGACAAGCUGGCCAAACGGGGAUGGUAAUUCUACCGUUUCUUGUACACUCUCAAGCAAUCCUUUACAUCUGGAAAUGCUAAACUCUUUGUCUCGUCUUUUAUCUAUUCUGGCGUUUAAAAGGUGGCAAAAAUGGGCAAAAAAUGGUUAGUUGCCCUAUUUUCACGGAUGCAGUUCACGUUCAACACAUUGCAAUUUGGUCAGUAGCGUAGACAUGUGCAGUUAGUGCAUUUUUUAC